CCUUGUGACCGCAGGGUGGUGCUGGAGCCACUCCAGCCCUUCAUGAUGGGCAGUUGGGACCUUCUUCAUCUAGUGUUGGUGAUGAUUCUAGUAGUGAUUUAAGAGGAGCAAUGAGGGAUGGGGUAGAGGAUGAUGAUGCAGUGGAACAAUUUGGGAAUAGUGGGGAUGGUGAUGGUGAUGGUGAGGUUGACGAUGAAGAUCCAUACCAUCCUGGGCCCUCACAUGCUCCACCUCCCCCUCACCUUGCCCCCACAUCCCCACACCACCAGGGUCCUUCCCACUUUCAGAUGAAUGGGUCUCAAGGAGACGAAACGGAUGAGGAAGGAGGCAUGGCGGAGACAACUGGUAUUGAUGAAAUGAGUGGUCAUGGACAACCCUUACCACUAGCACAUCCUGCAGGUGAACCAGGAGGCGAUGAUGAUGACAUUGAUGACGAUGAUGACGAUGGACAUGCUCCACCUCCUGAAGGGGCAUACGAUCCAGCAGAUUAUGAGCACCUCAGCGUCAGUGCCGAAAUUAGUGAGCUCUUUUCUUACAUCACCCGCUACACACCUCAGGCAAUUGAACUAGAACACCGAUUAAGGCCAUAUAUUCCAGACUACAUUCCAGCAGUUGGAGACAUAGAUGCUUUUAUAAAGAUCCCACCACCUGACGAUAAGCCAACCCUUGUUGGCCUUGAAGUGCUUGAUGAACCAAGUGCAAAGCAAAGUGAUCCAACUGUACUGGACUUGCAGCUCCGUGCUUUAGCCAAGCACACAACAGCAAAGUCUGUUCCAAUAAAGACAGUGGAAAAUGCAGAGAAGAAUCCCAAAGUUAUUGAAAAGUGGGUUCGAGAUAUCAGUGACCUGCAUAGAGCAAAACCUCCCCCGACUGUCCAUUACAGCAAGCGAAUGCCAGAUAUUGACAGUUUGAUGCAAGAGUGGCCUGGUGAAGUGGAAGAACUUCUAAAGGAAGUUAGUCUUCCAACAGCUGCAUUAGACGUAGAACUGCCUGCAUAUGUUGACAUUUUAUGUGGUAAGUACUAUAAGUGUAGACCUUUUUUUACUUGUAAAUCAGUUUAUUCAAGUCUGGUGUAAUUACCAGUGCUUUAC